UCCAGUAUUCAGGCCCAAUGACCAUUUUUGGUUUGAUAGAAAGCAAACGAAAAGGAAGGAAAAAGAAACCAAUAGAACAAUCGACGUUGCUAGGUCAUGGAUCGGAACUCGUUUGCCUGCACAAAAUUCUGAAUACUGAGACUCUACCAUUACCCAAUCUUGUUCAAACAGGAAGUUUUACGGAUUGUGAACUUAAGAUGGAAGGAAUGGAGCAGUGGAAAAACGAGGCGAAGCAAUGGUUGCAACAAGGGAUUGAAUAUGCCUAUCAGAUACCUCCCACUCAGCUCUAUGCCGCUGCUGCGGUUUUGCUUCUCACCACCCUUUUCUUCUUAAUCGUUCGCUUGUUCAAACGUCCAAAAUCUAGUACCAUUGUGCUCUCUGGGCUCUCUGGGAGUGGGAAAACUGUCCUUUUCUAUCAACUUCAAGAUGGUUCUUCACAUCAGGGCACAGUCACUUCAAUGGAACCAAACGAGGGAACUUUUAUUCUACAUUCUGAAAGCUCUAAGAAAGGCAAAAUAAAGCCUGUUCAUCUUGUUGAUGUUCCUGGGCAUUCUCGCCUUCGACCCAAACUGGAUGAGUUCUUGCCUCAAGCUGCUGGAAUAGUAUUUGUUGUAGAUGCUUUGGAAUUCUUGCCGAACUUGCGUGGAGUUUCAGAGUAUCUUUAUGAUAUUUUGACCAAGGCAAGUGUAGUGAAAAGGAAAGUUCCAGUUCUCAUUUGUUGUAACAAGGCUGACAAAGUGACGGCACAUACCAAGGAGUUCAUCCGAAAACAAUUGGAGAAAGAAAUUGACAAACUGCGAGUAUCAAGAAGUGGAAUAUCAGAAGCUGAUGUUGCAAAUGACUUCACUCUUGGGAUCCCUGAGGAGGCAUUUUCAUUCUCUCAUUGCAGUAACAAAGUCACCAUUGCCGAAUCUUCUGGUUUGACGGGCGACAUAUCUCAGGUGGAACAGUUCAUCAGAGAACAUGUCUUUCCCUAGGCUCAUGUUCUACUGUUCUAUGGAAGCCGGUUAUUUAUUCCCUCUUGAUUGUUGGAAAAAACUCAAGGGUCCCACAAGGAACCACCUUAAUUUGCCAGAGGAAAGUGGAGAAAAGCGAGGCAUGGUUGGUUAGUUCUCUUGAAACAAUCAUAACAAAACGAUCAAGACAAAUGGGGAUUUUUUUUUUCUUUUUUUUUUUGAGCCUAUUGAUAAUGAACUCUCUCUUCUUUCUCUCUCUUUUUUCCCUGUUUCCACUUGCCCUUUCAGUCUCUCUCUUGGGAUGCGUUCUCACUGAAAAUUCUAAUCUUAACACGUUUCUUCUUUGAUCUUUUAUUAUUUUAUGAAGCCAACCAUGUGUUUCACGAGAGAGGGACUAUGAACUCCCGGUUCUUGUAAUAAUUUUCUAGUGUUUUCUUUGGUUCUUUGUAGGCUGACCUAAUGAUUGGUUGGGAUUUAAUUGUCCUUUUUGUUCAAGAGCAUGUCAAUAACUUUUUCAAAUGUUGUGAUUUUCAUUUUACA